AUGGAAACGCCGGACUCCUUUUCAGCUUGGGAGACCUUGGUGGAGGACGAAUCCCCUGUUGAACAUCGCAGCCCGCCACCCAGGAACACCUCCCAGCCACUAUGGAGCGGUAAACCAUUGGAAUACCGUAAACAUAUCGUAAAGUUAUGGACAUUACUUGUUUUGCCACUUUCGUUUCUCUUUUUAUGCAAACUGCCUACGAAGCUGCUUAAAUCAGUGUUUGCUGAUAUUUUUCAUACCAUAGGAGCCAGCGUUAGUUGGCUUAUUACAUACUUUCAGGGUUAUUUAAUAGAUGCAACCACUGUGAUUGAUUGCUUGCACACGUUCUGUAAAAGCUGUCUUCUCACGUAUUUUGAAGAAGAGGAUAAUUGCUGCCCUAGCUGUGAACAACUAAUCCAUCAGUCACAUCCUAGCCAUUAUGUGGCUUUUGAUCGAACUAUGCAAGACAUAGUGUACAAGUUGUUUCCUUUGAUACCCAUUUCUAGGUAUUUGGCGCAUUCGUUGUGGUCCAAUAUGUCACGCUACAAUGAGUUGGACUUGUUCUGUAAUGAUGAGCUGAUGGGUCGUGAUUUUUCAAUGAGAUUCAUUCAUUUAACAAGAUGUCGAAACAAACUCAAGGAUGAACCACUGAAACUUGUAUAUCGAUAUCAUAUUGAUUUUUAG